GCAUUCGCAUACAUAUACCGUUCUGGCCAUCAUGUCCGUCUUCCGUGCUGCACUGCUGCUGCAGAGGCAGCUUGUUGCCCCGGCCCGUCUUGCAGGCAUCCGCCAUGCAUCAUCCGCUUCGACGCCGGAGAAUGUGGUGCUGCCUCGCCUGCACGCCGACCUCAAAAUUGCCAUGCGCUCCAAGAACAAGCCGGCGCUGAACACGAUUCGUGCCCUGCAAGCCGAGAUUAUCAAUGCCUCCAAGACAGCCAAGCCCAUCACGACAGACGGCGCCCUCUACUCGUUGAUCCAGAAGCAGAUCAAGUCUUCGUCAGCGUCGAUUGACGAGUUCCGCAAUGCAAAGAGAGAGGAUCUGGUUGAGAAGGAACAGCUGCACCUGGACGUGCUGAAGAGCUACGCCGACGAGAUACCCACCGUCAGCGAGAGCGAAGUGGACGCACUCGUCAAGAGCGUCGUCGAGAGCGUGGAGGAGGGCAAGAGGACGUUUGGCAGUGUCAUGGGCAAGGUGAUGGGGGGCAUCAAGGGGCGGCCGUUUGACGUCGAGUACGUUAGCAAGAAGAUCCAGGAGGCGGUAGGGGCGAAAUGAGGGGCACGAUGGACUACGAGUAUGAGCAGCGCUGGCGGGCGACGACAUGUAUGCGUAGUGUAGGUGUACAAAGCACGGCACAUGUAGACUACGGACCAGGCUCGUCAUGAUGAAAGUGGGCAGCAGCGAAAGCGGCGGCGGCGGGGGUUCGGCGUGUUGCAAAAGGGCCUACAGGUGCAUUGGGCAUGGUGUGAAGCUGGCCGACUUGGGGCGGGCUAGGUGUUGCUGCCGCGAGCAUGUGCAUGCGUGCUCGGGAACAUGGCAGGUGUGACAGCCCAACGUGGGUGUGGAUGUGGAUGUGGAUGUGGAUGUGGAUGUGGAUGCGUGCUGCGUGCUGCGUGCUGCGUGCGCGGCCAUGGGCGGGAGCAUCAAACGGACGCGCCCCCCACUUGUUUGCAUACGCUGGAC